AUGUCAGAUUCCAACACAUCUGACUUCCCUAACCCCUCCAUCUUCAUCCUACUUGGUAUUCCUGGCCUAGAGGCAGCCCAUAUCUGGAUCUCCAUCCCCUUCUGUGCUAUGUACGCCAUAGCCGUGUUGGGGAACUUCACCAUCCUGUUCAUUGUGAAGAGGGAGCCGAGCCUCCACACGCCCAUGUUCUAUUUCGUCUGCAUGCUGGCUGUCACCGACCUUCUCACGUCCACAUCCACAAUGCCCAAAAUGCUGAGCAUCUUCUGGUUCAAUUUCAGGGAGAUCAGUUUCAGUGCCUGCCUCACCCAGAUGUACUUCGUUCACUGCUUCUCAGGGAUGGAGUCUGGAAUCCUCGUGGCCAUGGCUUUGGAUCGUUACGUGGCCAUCUGCCAUCCUCUGAGACAUUCCUCAACCCUGACAAACUCUGUUGUGGUCAAGAUAGGCCUGGCCGUGGUGCUGCGCAGUUGCAUACUGUCAUUACCCUACCCCUUCCUGGUGAGGGGGUGGCCAUAUUGCAGAACCAACAUCAUCCCCCACACCUAUUGUCGGCAUAUAGCUGUGGUGAACCUGGCCUGCGCUGACAUCCGCAUCAGUAGUUACUAUGGCCUUUUUAAUCUUUUCUCUGUGAUGGGAAUGGAUGUGGUUUUUAUAGUUGUGUCCUAUACUCAGAUCCUCCGGGCCAUCUUCCGCCUCCCCACAAAGGAUGCUCAACUCAAAACUUUUGGGACCUGCAUCUCUCAUCUUUGUGCCAUCUUAGCUUUGUACAUCCCAGAUUUCUUCUCCUCUUUCAUGCAGAGGUUUGGCCAUAAUGUGCCCCAGCACUUCCUUGUUCUCUUUGCCAAUAUGUACCUGCUGGUGCCCCCCAUGCUACACCCCAUCAUUUAUGGGGUGAGGACCAAACAGAUUCGGGGCAGGUUGCUCCAGCUCUUUACUCAUAAAGAGAACUAA